UUGCACUCGUUCCCUUCAUCUCUAAAUUAUUUGAAGAAGUUUCCAAAACGCAUCCCCCCACUGAACAACCAUGGCAAGCUCUGACCUCUCAAUCCCCAUUCUCUCUCCAUCUAUCCCCAACUCCAACAAUGAUCAACAAGCCAUUGGAGUCGACGACAUGCUCCGUCUCUACGCCGGUGAGUUUGGUCCAUGGCAGCUAAGAAACUUCAUCUUCACCAGCAUUGCAUGGGCUCUCAACGCGUUGCACACCAUGGUCGUUAUCUUUGCCGACCGUGAGCCUACAUGGUCCUGCACCGCCGAGUUACGGUGCUCUCAGAGCAUGUGCGCGCUCAUCCCCGGCACGUCAACGGCUGCCGAGUGGGGCCUUGUUUGUGACUCCAAGUACAAGGUUGGGCUUGUUCAAUCUGCCUUCUUUGCUGGUUCGAUGGUUGGUGCAGGUAUCUUCGGCCACUUUUCAGACAACUUCCUCGGAAGAAAAGGUACAUUAACUUUAACAUGCAUCAUAAACACAAUCUCCGGCAUCCUCACUUCAUUCUCACCAUCCUACGGAGCAUACAUGGCUCUGCGCUUCAUUACCGGAAUUAGCACCGGCGGUCUAGGCCUAUGCGCCUUCCUCCUCGCCACCGAACCAGUCGGUCCGACUAAACGCGGUGCCAUCGGCACCUCCACCUUCUACUUCUUCUCCAUUGGCACCAUCCUUCUUUCCAUACUUGCCUACAUCUCUUCCUCUUGGAGAACACUCUACUUGGUCUCCUCCAUCCCUUCCCUUCUUUUCCUCAUCACCACCAUCCCCUUCAUUUCUGAGUCCCUUAGAUGGCAUCUAGUCCAUAACAACACCUCAAGAGCUAUGAAAAUAAUAAUGUCCAUCGCCAAGUGCAACGGUAAUUACAUUCCUAAUCACAUCACUUUAACCUUAGAUCACACAGUAGCCAAUGAAAGCACACCUGAUCAGCAAGCCAUCUCUAGCUCAAUAAUUACAGUGCUGAAAUCUCCUAUCACAAGGACUCGUUUGUUAUUUGUGACAAUUAUCAACUUGUUCAGCUCCGUUGUGUACUAUGGUUUAAGUUUGAAUGUGGUCAAUCUAAAGACAAACCUAUACUUGAGUGUCAUACUCAAUGCUAUUGCAGAGGCACCAGCCUAUGCACUCACUAGCAUUGCACUGAGAUGGUGUGGAAGGAGACCUUUAACUAUAGGGACAAUGUGGUUGAGUGGAGUGUUUUGUGUUCUUGGGAGCUUGUUUAUGGUAGACGGUGAUGCAAGAAUGGUGUGUGGAGUUAUGGGUGUGUUUGCCAUGGCGGCAACGUUUGACCUUUUGUUUGUUUAUACGGCAGAGUUGUUUCCGACGGUUGUGAGGAAUGCUGUACUUGGAUGCGUGACUCAGGCUGGGCAAAUUGGAGCUAUUGUGGCACCUUUGGUGGUGGCUUUGGGUGGGCAAUGGCCUUUCAUUGUGUUUGGGGCUUGUGGUUUAAUUGGUGGUGUUUUAGGGUUUUAUUUGCCGGAGACUUUCAACCAGCCUUUGUAUGAUACUAUGGUUGGGCUGGAGAAGGGUGAUCUUGAGAAGGAGAAAGAAGGCGGGUGAGAAUGCUUCCUUCAUGUGUAUCUUUCACUUAAUUGCUUCAUAGUUUGAUAGCCUUGCUGUACUCGAUUAAAUGUAUAUGAUUAAAAUGAACGAGCUAGUGUCAGGGAUGAAAACUUGUUGGCAUGGGUGAUGAUUGUCUCUUUAACAUGUAUACUGUUCAGUAGAAUUUGGUAGACUGUUUAUUUUGAUUUUGGUUUU